GGAGCUCAGGCUGACUGGGAAAUGUCAGUCGAUUGACUGGGUGAGGGUUUUUCUUUUCCCCGCGCCCACAGGCCUUCGGGUGACCACCGCUGCGGUCGCCGCGGACCGUGUGUCUCCGACGCCGGCAGACUGCGGCGGACGCGAAGCUUCUCAGUCCCUUCCGGGCGCUGUCUGGAGCGUUCCGACGGUGGGUGUGGUGGCACAUGCUUGUAAUCCCCAGCACUUAAGAAGUGAAGUGAACAGAUACGGUCCAGAACUAUGCAUGGAUCACUGUAGUUGGCGAUUGUGAGCAUUCAAUAAUGAGUGGUGCAGCUUUAGGACUUGAGAUUGUUUUUGUCUUCUUUCUGGCACUGUUCCUCCUUCAUCGAUAUGGAGACUUUAAGAAACAGCACAGACUUGUAAUCAUUGGAACACUGCUCGCUUGGUAUCUCUGCUUUCUUAUUGUCUUCAUACUGCCACUGGAUGUUAGUACGACAAUAUAUAACCGAUGCAGACAUGCUGCUGCAAAUUCCAGCCCUCCUGAAAAUAGCAAUGUUACGGGAGUGUAUGCAGCUGUCACCCCAGCUCCAAGGCAACAUCCAUGUUUCAAGCCAUGGAGUUACAUUCCAGAUGGAAUCAUGCCAAUUUUCUGGAGGGUAGUUUAUUGGACAUCACAGUUUUUAACGUGGAUUCUGCUACCUUUUAUGCAGUCAUAUGCAAGAUCUGGAGGCUUUUCCAUUACUGGAAAGAUAAAAACAGCCCUGAUUGAGAAUGCAAUCUAUUAUGGCACUUACUUGCUGAUAUUUGGAGCAUUUCUAAUUUAUGUGGCUGUAAACCCACGUUUGCAUUUAGAAUGGAACCAACUUCAGACUAUAGGGAUAGCUGCUGCCAACACAUGGGGUCUGUUUCUUCUUGUGUUGUUAUUGGGAUAUGGUUUGGUGGAGAUUCCUCGGUCAUACUGGAAUGGAGCCAAAAGGGGUUAUCUACUCAUGAAGACUUACUUUAAGGCAGCCAAACUGAUGACAGAGAAAGCAGAUGCAGAAGAGAACCUGGAGGAUGUAAUGGAGGAGGUUCGUAAAGUAAAUGAAAGCAUUAAGUACAACCACCCAUUGAGAAAAUGUGUUGAUACAAUACUUAAAAAGUGCCCUACAGAUUAUCAGGAAAAGAUGGGUAGAAAUAUGGAUGAUUAUGAAGAUUUUGAUGAAAAGCGUAAUACCUACCCAAGUGAAAAAAGUUUGGUAAAAUUGCAUAAACAGGUCAUUUAUUCAGUUCAAAGGCACCGUCGAACUCAAGUGCAAUGGCAAAUUCUUUUGGAACAGGCGUUCUACCUAGAAGACGUAGCAAAAAAUGAAACUAGUGCAACUCAUCAGUUUGUUCACACCUUUCAGUCACCUGAGCCAGAAAAUCGACUUAUCCAGUAUUGUUAUAAUCCUACAGUUGAAUGGUACUGGGAAUGCCUGUUGCGUCCAUGGUUUUACAGGAUCCUUGCUGUGGUUUUGUCCAUCUUCUCGGUGAUUGUUGUGUGGUCAGAGUGCACCUUCUUUAGCACGACUCCUGUCUUAUCUCUCUUUGCAGUCUUCAUACAGCUGGCAGAAAAAACAUACAAUUAUAUUUAUAUUGAGAUUGCUUGCUUCCUUUCCAUCUUCUUCCUAAGUAUCUGUGUUUACUCUACGGUGUUCAGGAUUCGAGUAUUUAAUUACUACUACUUGGCUUCACAUCAUCAAACUGAUGCUUACAGCCUUCUUUUCAGUGGCAUGUUAUUUUGCCGUUUGACUCCCCCUUUAUGUCUUAACUUCUUGGGAUUGACACACAUGGAUUCAUCCAUCUCUCACCAGAAUACCCAGCCAACUGCGUAUACAUCUAUCAUGGGUUCCAUGAAAGUUUUAUCCUUUAUUGCAGAUGGAUUCUAUAUAUAUUAUCCUAUGUUGGUGGUAAUUCUCUGCAUUGCUACGUAUUUUAGUUUGGGAACCCGUUGUUUGAAUCUGCUUGGUUUCCAGCAGUUCAUGGGAGAUAACGAUAUGACAUCAGAUCUAGUUGAUGAAGGAAAAGAAUUAAUCAGACGAGAGAAAAGAAAAAGACAAAGGCAAGAGGAAGGUGAAAAUCGAAGAAGAGAAUGGAAAGAACGUUAUGGACACAACAGAGAAGAUUCCACUAGGAACAGAAAUGUUCAUCCUGACCCCAAAGAGUCGAAUUUCUCAGAUACUACUACCAAUUGGUCAUCCAAGUACACCAGGGCUAAUAACAGGACUGAAAGAGACCGAAUAGAACUUCUCCAGGAUGCAGAACCUUUGGAUUUUAAUGCAGAAACAUUCACUGAUGAUUCUCUGGAACCUGAGUCAGGAAGGUAUCAACCUGGUGGACGAUAUCUCUCCAUGUCUUCCAGCAUAAUAUUUGAAGAUAUCUAAAGUUUGAAGAAAUUCAUGGCUCAAGUAACCAAGGUCAUCGCAUCAGCUCAGCCUUUAUGAACAUGAUUGUGCCCUACAAUUCCUCUAUACUGUCUGUGAAUAGUAAGGAUAACAAAAAUGGCACUGAAAACAGAUCACGUCUUAAGAAUACUAGAUUAUUUGUUGACUAGAGUGUCAUCUUUUCUGAUAGGAUUUAUUGCUUUCCAUCUGAAGUGUCUGCCUCAGAAGUGAGUUAAGUGGAAGGGUUUAAUUCAUGAUAAACAGAACACAGCUGGUUUCAAGUUAAUUUUUUUCCAGGAGAGUUCUUUUAAAGUCCAAGGAAGCCAGAAUUUUAUAAAUGUAAUUUAAAUUUGUUCAACCUACAUUUCCCAAAGAAGUGAAAGUGAACUGAGACCUCAGCUAAUUACUGUAUUUACAAAACCCAUGUCUUAAAAUAAGGCUUUCUUAUUACACAUAACUGAAUGUAAACAACUCUACUUCCGAUCUGUAUACAAAUUAGUGGGAUUUUGCACGUAAAAUUAGGAUUAUUCUUCAGUUGAUGGUGUUAGUGUCUUUAGCAUGUGUAUUCUAACUGGGUGAUGUGGUACUCUUUUCAUUCUUCGUGGUAACUUUUUAUGGUUUUGAUAUUAUUGCUUUGUAAAAGAUUUUCAUUUCAGAGAAAAAAUUCACCUUUAGCAUUAAGCAUAAUGACUUGACACUGACCAUUCCAGCCAAAAAUAUCAUAAAUAUUAAUGGUGAAUUAUUUAUUUCCAAAGAGAUCCCCAAAUGAUACCUGUUAAUACUUUUUAAAAAGGAAAUGUUUGGCUAUUCUGGCUAUUCAUAGGUAAAAAGAAAAAUAAUCCAUUUGUAAUUAUUGCUAACACUAAAAUUACAGCUUAGGAAAAUCAGAAAAAUGUAUUAGAAUAGAAAUAUGUCAUAAUAAUUUCUUUGUUAAACAUGGUUAUUAUUUUAAAUUGGUUGUUUCAACCUUUGCAUUUAAGCCAAAGUUGGGUAUUAUGUUUUAAAGAGCCAGUGUUUUAUUGUAACAUGAACAUGGUUGAGUGCAACAUGUUUGCAGGUAUUGUUUUAUGGUCCUGAAAUAUUUGUCUCUUACAGAAUCCAUUCUAUGUGAAUAACCAGACUUAAAUUUGUCCAGACAGUCUCGCACCCAUUUUCCUUGCAGUUAUUCCUAGUGUUCAAGUGUUAUAUUGCCAUAUGUUAAGAAUGUAGUUCUAGGCCGGGCGGUGAGGCACUCGGGAGGCAGUGGCAGGCGGAUCUCUGUGAGUUCGAGGCCAGCCUGUUCUACAAGAGCUAGUUCUAGGAUAGGAACCAAAAACUACAGAGAAACCCUGUCUCGAAAAAUAAAAAAAAAAAAAAAAAAAAGAAUGUAGUUCUAUGUAGGUACUGAAAGGAAGGAUGUAUCAUCCUCAUUAUUUUUCUUUUUUAAUGACUGCAUUUUUGAUAACCUUUCAAAUAGAUCCCCCUUUAAACAAUUAUCAGUAGAUAGAUUUACUCUGAAUUGAAGGUUGCAUAGCCUGCUUAAUUCAAGGACACAUAAUGCAUAUAACCUUUUACUGUGAAAUGAGGCCAGAGGGCAGUUGACCAGAGCAGUGAUAAUGUAAUGCUAUUUAUAAUUUUAUGAUUGGUUCCUGGAAUACCUUGGGCAGAUCAUGGAACCUUUCAGUGCCUCAAUUUCUUCAUUUUCAGAAUGAAGGACAUUUGCUACUUACCUACUGAUCUACCUCACGAAACUGUUGUGAGGGGGUUAGGUUGAUGAUUGUGUGCUGGGGUUUCUCCUGGGCUAUUUUGUUUGUUUGUACUUUUCUUUGUGUAGUCCUUUGAAGGUGAAAGGGACAAUUAUCACAGUAAGUAAGGGGGCUUUGAGAAGCUUUGAAGUCCCCAAAGCAAAAUGAACUAAUUUGUCUAAAGAUGCUGAAAUAGUUUCAUCAUUUGUUCUGUGGAUUUACUUUAAAAUAAUUUUCCUUAAAUACAUUUUUUUGUUAAAUUUUUUUCUUAAUACUCAGAUGCUGUUGUUGGACUAGAAGGAUAAAAAGAGAAGAAAUGUCCAACUUUACAACUAACUUUGCUAAUGCACUAACAAAUUGGUAGGAAUGUGUUAAAGGUGUUUUCCUUUAAAGUUACAGUAAUAGAAACGUGUGUAGAUACAUAUGCAUAUAUGUAUAUGUAUACAUAUGCUUCACAAAUACUGAGUUUCGUUAUGGCUUUUGAGUUAUUUCCACAGUGAAUUUUUAUUGUUUCUGUGAUUCAGAGUGUGCUCACAUUUUUAAAGAGUUUCUCUUACAGAAUUUUGUAUGUGACCAUAUAGGAAAGUUACUUUGCUGGGUAAAUUUGAGUUUAGAAGGCAAUGAUUUCAUACUGGAAGUCUGAGUUUAUUUCUGAGGAAUUAAGUUUAUAUUUAUUAAGAUACUUUGUGUAAACCACUGAUAGUUUAUAUAAUGUUUUUAUUUUUUGAGACACUUAUAACAUGUAAAGAUACAGUCACGAAAAUAUUACUAUAGAGUUCAUAUGCUUUAUGUACAAGAUUUUUUCUUAAAGAAUUAUUUCUGGUACUUUUUAUGUCUUUCUUAAAUGUUAAGAAAUAUUUUAUUAGACUUAUCUAAAACUUUGUUUUGUUUUGUUUUUGAGACAGAGUCUUAUGUGUAGCCUAGGGAGGCCUUGAACUGUCUAUAUAACUGUGGAUGACCUUGGACUUCUGAUUUUUCUCUUCCACCUCUCAAGUUCUAAGAUUAAAGACAUGUGCCACAGCACUUAAAUCAAUAUUUUUAAAAUAAUUGUUAGUUAAGAACAUUUAACAAACUAAUAACUCAAAAUAAGUAUAUAGGAAAAAAAUCUAUAAAUUUCAGUAAUCACUUAUAUGUAUUGUUAAUUUACUUUUUACAACUUCAUAGUCAUUUUAUUAAUUGUUCAUUUUUGUACAAUUAUUUUAAAUAAGAGUCAAAAUACAAAUCUAAUCAUAAAUAUUUGCUACUGUGCCACAUUCAUACAAGAGUUUUAGAAUAAUUUCAUCCCACAAGAGGGUCUCAGUUCACACAAAUGGUAAGAGUUAAAGUAUGAAAAGUUCCCAUCAUAAAAACAGAUCAAAUUCAUCUGUCUAAACAUCUAAAGAGAAGUCUUGCUGCUUGGUAUGUUUCUGGCCUCUAUCAUUUAAAUCAUCUGAUCUAAAAUUUAAACAUAAUGUAUGUCCAAAUUAAGAAUAGGUGGGAAAGUCACUCUGUUUUUUUAAGUUUUUUUAGCAUGCUAAUGGACAGAUUUCAUUUAUGUUUAUUUACAGACGUCAUAUUAUAUUUUUGAUAGGUUUAAGGAAUGGUUUUGAUAGCAUAUUGAUUACCAUAUUAAGGGGGAAAUAAAACGAAUAGUUACAGUUCCGGUUAUAAAAGUAAGAUUUAGUCUUAGAUUUUGAAUGUCUGAAAAAUCACAAAGAUGAAAGUAUAUUUGUACUGAGACAAAACAAGUCCCUGAGAGUCAUAGCACACUUGAAUUUUCAAAGUGCAAUGGACUGUGUGCAUUUACCUUUGAAAGCUAAGAAGUAAGUGUGUUUAGGGUUUGCCUUUCUCUUGUGCCUCCCACUCUCUGAUCCUCCCUCCUUUCCCACCUCUUUUUAUCAUUUGAUUUUCGGUAUGCUGACAGUUUCCUCUCUUGUUUAUCAUCUGAUUUCCAGUAUGCUGACAGAGUUUCCUUUCUUGUUUGUUUUAUGUACACAGUUAUUUUUGAUGAGCAGUACACUCAAAAGGAACUACUUCUGACUUAAAAUCCCAUUACUUGAAAUAGCAGUAUUGUACCUAAGGAGUAAAACAGGCUGCUGAACCAGUGGACAGUGUCUGAAUAGACAUGUGCUGUGUACUAGUUCGGUGCACUUUCUUCUAGGGGACAAAGGAGGGCACUGCAGGAAAAAUCAUUUUCACUGUAAAAAUUUGUAUAUUUAUCAUAUAAAGGAACUCAUAAAAUCAGUUGCUUUUUGUAGCUAGACAUUUGGAAGACGAGGCAGGUUUAGCCCCAUUUCCAGCUCCUGGAUCCCAGCCCAGUGGUGCAGGCACUACCCUCCUUUCCACUGCCAAGGAGGCAUGCUCUCACCUUUAUUUGCUUCCAUAUUAGCCAGCAUAACAACAACAACAAAAUUUCAUUUUUAAAGGAUUUAUCCAUUGAGAUAGGUGAGAUUUUGCUAUAAUUUAAAUUUUUCUUAAUAAAGUAAGACUUGGUAUAAUUCUGCAUUCACUAUCCUAAAAGAUGUUUUGCUUUCUUUCCCAAAAACCUUUUCUUUUGCAGGUAUGUUGAUUACAAAUAAUUUUGUAAAAGAAUUUUACUGUGUUUGGUCCAAAUGAGUAGGAAGAGUAGCUGGCUGUGACAGACAUACAUGGAACAAGUGCACAGCACGCUAAUGUGCAGAGCAUUUGGAGCUGGUAGUACGGCAUAAGUCUUCUGUCUUUAGCAAAAGAAUACUGGCUAACCUCUUCCCUGUUUGGCAUGCCAAGUUGUAGGGAAGAGAAUGUGUUAUUUAUUUAUUUUUUAAAACAAUCCAAUGGAUUUGUUUUUCUUUGUAUUUUGGGAACAACUUGAAGGAUUUUUAUCAUUUUAGAAGAUAGAGAAUAUGUGUAUCUAUCUUUUAAAUACUAUAACCUAAUAUAUAUAAAUUAUAGUAUUAAAAAGGACAAAUAGCUCUAAUUAUUGAUGUUAUUUCCUGGUAUUUAAUUUUUAUAAAUGUUUUUUAAGUAAUUGUAGUAUUGCUUUUAAAUAGUUUUAAAGUCAUCCAUAAAUAAGUUCUGACCCAACAUACUGCCUUAGUACAGUAUUCUGAAGUACAGUACUCUGAUGUGAAUCUGAAACAUGCCUGCAUUUCCUUCAUUUCUUCGUAUGUAUGUAUACAAAUACCAGGACCCAGGAAAAGCAUACAAUAAGCCUAAUUUCUACAUUGCAUUGAUAAAGAGCUUGGUAUUUUGCCUUCAUAUAAUUCAAUUGUCUAGAUGAAAUAGAACAUAAGUCUUUUCAAAUUGUAUUCAAUCACAAUUUUCAAAAUGGUAACUUCAUUUUUGGGGUGCAUGAUGCCAAGGUUAUCUUUAAUCAGCUUUUAUUACUGGAUGUGUAACAAUGGAUGUUUUCCUACCUGGCCAGUAGGUUGUAGAUUUAACUAUUUUUCUGUAGAUUCCCACUACAUUUUCAAAUCUAUAUUUGGAAAAAACUACAAAGUGCUAUUAGUAAGUAAGUUAGCAUCUUUGGCCUUAUCUAUGCAUAAUGUUCCUUAGUUUGAUUUUGACAAACUCAUUGACUCACAAUUCCUUUGUAGUAUUGUAACUGACUGUGAUGUAAUGAAUUUUUCAAAGUGUUUAUAUGAUUCAUUAUUAAAAUAUAGGAUAUUAUAUAGCUUUGCAUGAAAUAAACUACAUUUCUAUGAGCUACAAUUGCUGGUUAUUAAUGCAUCUUCCAUUGAGAUUAAACUGUUUUGAGACAAUCUAGAUAUUCUUUAUUCCUUAUAAUUCACUGUCAAAUUUUAUAGAACAUUUAAAGAUGGAUAAUUAAACAGAUAUACUCUUAGUAUCUGUUCUGUCAUGUGUUUACAAUGAAAACAGAAGUAAACAGAAGCUUAAUGUGCAUGCUAGUGACAGUGAAAAUAGAGACGUUUCUGUCCUGCCUGGUUGCCAAUUUGUAGAUGGGAGACUGCUGUC